GAUUAAUAUGCUAUGGCCAAGCAGAGAUCUCAAAGUAUUAGGGGGGGAAAAAAAUGGCGAUUCCUGCUCUUAAGUUUUUCAGUUUCGUUUUACUUAUUGUCGCCUUAACUGAACUCAACAUGGCUUCUGAUACCAUGUCGAAGACACAGUUUAAUAAUAUCAGUGACAGUGAAAACGGGACCUUAGUAUCUAAUGACGGAACAUUUGAGCUCGGUUUCUUCACUCCAGGAAGCUCGAGAAACCGGUACUUGGGAAUUUGGUACAAGAAAAUACCUCUCAGGACUUAUGUUUGGGUGGCGAACCGCGAGAAUCCGAUCGAAGGCUCAUCCGGAGUUUUGACGAUAAACAGCACCGGUCAUCUUGUCCUUCUGGGCCAGAAUGACUCCAUUGUGUGGUCGGCAGAUUAUCGAACGAGUCCUGUCAAAGGCGCUCCGACGUUUGAGCUUUUAGACACUGGGAACCUAGUAUUGCGAGAUACGGAUUCGCAUAAUUACUCGGAGAAUUAUUAUCUGUGGCAAAGCUUUGAUCAUCCUUCCGACACGUUGUUACCGGGCAUGAAGCUCGGAUGGGACUUAAAGACCGGUGUUGAGCGGCGCCUUUCGUCGUGGAAGAGCCCCGACGACCCUUCCGUAGGAGACUUCACUUGCGGGAUAGAACUUAGUAGGUUUCAGGAGCUUGUCAUGAGAAAGGGAUCGGAAGAGUACUACCGAAGUGGACCCUGGAAUGGCAUAAGGUUCAGCGGUGCGCCGGAGCUACGUCGGAACCCUUUGUUUGAGUUCGAUUUUGUGUCAAAUGAAUCAGAGUUGUACUAUACAUAUCACCUGACGAGCAAAUCUGUAACAUCAAGGAUUGUCAUGAACCAGACCAAUUAUCAACGCGAGCGCUAUAUUUGGAAUCCGACGACUCGAACUUGGAAAGUCUUUGCUUCGGUUCCAAGGGACUAUUGCGAUAAUUAUGACCUCUGUGGGGCUUAUGGGAACUGCAUCAUUGGUGACUCCCCGGUUUGCCAAUGCUUAAAGGGCUUCAUACGAAAUUCGACGGAGAAAGUAACGGAUUGGUCCGAAGGGUGUGCGCGAAACAAGCCCCUGGAGUGCGAGCGUGGAGACAAAGGCGGGUUUAUGAAACUUUCGGGCUUGAAAUUACCGGACACCAAGCGGUCGCGGGUGGACGGAAGUUUGAAUCUCCGGGAAUGCAGAGCUAAAUGCUUGAACAAUUGUUCUUGCACAGCUUACGCGAACUCGGAUAUUAGAGGAAAAGGUACAGGUUGUAUUAUGUGGUUCGGCGAAUUGAUUGACGUUAGACAGUUUUCAGAUGGUGGUGGCCAAGAUAUGUAUAUUCGAUUGCAUUCUUCAGAGUUAGAGAAAGAUGAUCAUAAGGUGAAGAUAGUAGUGACAGUUUUAAGUCUCAUUCUCGUCGUCUUUGGAGCGCUCUUAGUUGCCCAUUACAUCCGCAGAUUCAUGACACGGCCCUCAACAUCAGAUAACACACAGACCGGUGAGUUAAUUAGUCAGAACAAUGAAGACCAGUCUCCAAACCUGGAGUUACCCUUAUUUGACUUGCCGACAAUUGCUACUGCGACUAAUCACUUCUCAAUCAGCAACAAGAUUGGCGAAGGUGGUUAUGGACCUGUUUAUCGGGGCAUGCUAGAAAACGGUCAAGAAAUUGCGGCGAAGAGGCUUUCAAGGAGUUCUGGACAAGGAUUGAAUGAGUUCAAAAAUGAAGUUGCUCUGAUAUCCAAACUUCAACACCGUAAUCUCGUAAAACUUCUCGGCUGUUGCAUUCAAGGAGAAGAGAAGCUGCUAAUUUAUGAAUACAUGCCGAACAAAAGCCUCGACCUCUUCAUAUUUGAUCAAACAAGAAGCAAACUCUUAAAUUGGCCGAAGCGAUUCAGCAUAAUAUGUGGAAUUGCAAGAGGGCUCCUCUACCUACACCAAGAUUCUAGGUUAAGGAUUAUACAUAGGGACCUCAAAGCAAGUAACGUGUUACUUGAUGCCGAGAUGAAUCCCAAGAUUUCAGACUUUGGUUUGGCUAGAACUGUUAUGGGAGAUCAAAGUGAAGGCAAUACAAAGAGAGUGGUUGGAACAUAUGGUUACAUGGCACCUGAAUACGCCAUUGACGGGCUAUUCUCCACGAAGUCCGAUGUCUUCAGCUUUGGUAUUUUGAUGUUGGAGAUCAUCACUGGAAAGAAGAACAGAGGACUCUAUCACUUGGACCGCGGUCUUAACCUUAUAGAUCAUGCAUGGAAAUUAUGGAAAGAAGGAAGACCCCUCGAAGUGAUCGAUCCUUGUUUUCACGUCUCGAGUAAUACUUCUCAGCAAUUGCGCAGUAUCCAUGUCGGACUUUUGUGUGUGCAAGAACACCCUGAAGAUAGGCCAAGCAUGUCUGAUGCCGUUGUGAUGUUGAGCAAUUCAAGUACUUUGCCUCAACCAAAACAACCGGGUUUCUCAAUGGCGAAAAACAAUCUUGGAGCAGAUUCUUUGUCAAGCAAACACGAAUUCACUUCAAAUGAGAUUACUGUAACUCUUUUAGAGGCUCGAUAGUUGUAAUGUGUUAAUUAUUAGUAAUGUGUUAUUAUUGGUAAGUAAUAGUACUGCACGCCUUAACUCACUGUUGUAUAUAUUCACAUAUGUGA